AUGUUGACGUUUUCGACGCAGCGGUAUCCGGUUGUAAAGGCAGGCUAGCAAGACGAAUAACUACCUUACGGUGAAAUUACAGUACUUGUUUCUCGGAGGACAUUAAGAAAUCUUGGUUAGGGCCGCUGCCUAGUAAUGGAGGUGUUUUUUGGUCAUUUGACCAGUUUACUUGGUGUGUCCGUCGUCUCCAACCGGGCUGUUUAGCAGAGGUGGCUAACUGGCUAAUUAAAGGCUGUGAGUGGUCGGCUGCUGCUCGGACUGUCUGACUACAUCUAGCUGUCAAGAUGGGGAAAUAAUUAACUUAUCAAGGGUUUGCAGAGUGAUAACAGGAGCUGGUAUGAACUGGACGGGUGUCUUUUCUGUUUGUCAUAGACUAUAACGUUAGAUUGAGGGAAGUAUGUGGUCGUGAUGAGAUCGGGAUCACAGAGUUGAAUAAAAGGAACUCCUCUGUUUACUUUACAGCAAGUCCCAAAAAUGACGAGGCGUCUGUAUAACUUCGAGGCCACAUGUUCACAGGAUCGCUGUUGUUUGCUGCCUUUAUCUCGAAAAGUAUAUUCUGAUCAAUGACAUAUUUAGACAGUUUGAUGUAAGAGACGAGAGCAAAGUAAUAUGUAGAACUGAUCUUAAAGGACGUCAAAGUUUAACACGUGUGUUUAGGUCCGGGUGACAGCUUGGAAAAGUAAACAGGUGUGACAAACCAACCUGCUAACAGGAAUUGAAACUAUAUUGCACUACAUCCACUGCCGGGCACAUCUCUGCAAGUUCAUAUAUCGCGUUACUUGAAUUGUCAUCAUUCCUUCAAACUAUUUUACGCACAUCGUCCAUAGUUGCUGCUUGAAUCAGAGUUGAUUUUGAUGUUUUCUAAGUCACAGAUGAAGGGUAAGUUUGCGUGGAUUCCUCAGUUGUUGAUAUGGAGUUAGUAUUCGGGGAAGCCAAAAGGUGCUCUAUGUUAUGUAACUUUGAUGGGAGUGCAUAGAUCUUUGUAAUAGUUCGAGCUGUUAGAUAGUGGUAAUGACUCUGUGUUUGACAAGAGCCAAACUUUAGUUGUUUGUAUAUUUUUUGAGAUCCUGCCCAGCUCCCACAAUGUCAGCUCUUCUGUCAUUAUUGGUGCUGCUGGGAGCGUUAGGCAGACCCGGACAGACCAUGUCACAAGAGGAAAAGAGCAAAUUAAGGUAGAAUGACGAAAACACAGAACAUCUUUCCUCCUGAAAAUGUUCUGUAGGCUGAUUUGUGCCUUUUGUUUCCCUCUUACCACAGGAAUCAAGUGGUUGAGAUGUUUGACCAUGCAUAUCAGAAUUAUAUGGUAAGUGAUGUAUUUUUGCUGGAGUAUUUCACAAGAAUCAAACUUUUAGAUCAGAGAUCUUCUCCUUUUCCAGUGCAAUAGACAAGUAAAAAUAAGGUAGUAAAAGUACAAAUAGUUGUAAGAAAGAAGGCACUAUAUAUACAAGACAAGAAUUCUACAGAACAGUAAAAUAAAGUGUAUGUAUAAGAAUAAAAUGGAAAGAUAAAUACUAAAGAGAAUUAUCAAAAUAAAUUUAUAUAUGUGUGUUGAUCCAGUUAAGGACAAUUUAGCAGCAUGUUACUUGGUUUUGAGACAGAAAUAAUAUUAGUAUGAUUGAUUGUGGAACUGAAAAUACACCUUAUUUUCCUAUUUUGAUGCAUUUUUUGUUUUGACAAACUCAUUUUACCACUGUUUUCAUGAAGGGGUUGUAUAAGAUAUGCCCAAUUUUAGAUGCUUGACUGUGGUGGAAGCAUAGCCUUAAGGUUUGUUUCUCUGUAUGUCUCAGGACCACGCAUACCCCGCAGAUGAGCUUAUGCCGCUGACAUGCAGAGGUAGAGUACGCGGACUUGAACCAAGCCGAGGUGACGUGGACGACGCUUUAGGAAAGUAAGUAGCAUACUGUGUGCAUAGUGUUCUGUGAGAUUGAACAUAAUAAUAGGCCAGUGAUGAUGUUUGCUCACCGUCACGCAGCCACACCUGAUUGUGCUUUUGGCACAGGUGUUAGAUUCACAGUGUUAAGUAACUAUAAUUAUUUUAAAUGAUAUGAAACUGUCAUUGUUUUGUGCUGUCAACACCCUCUGUAAUCAGCCUCUGUCUCCCUCUAAUAGGUUCUCAUUAACCCUCAUCGACACUCUGGAUACUCUGGUGGUGAGAAUUUUUUUUCCCUAAAAUGUUAUUAUUCUAGGCUUUACAGCUAAUAUUAAAAAAUGUAGCUGAGCAUAGCAGAGGUAUUCCAAUAAUUAUAGUAGUGUUUAUAAGCACUGAAAAAAACGAAACCAUGUUGUGUUCAUGUUACUGUGGGAUUCCUGAACAGAAUAGAAAUAAAACACACCAAUGUUUGAAACUGAAAACAAUAAAAGCUCUCUGAAAUAGCACUGGAGUCAGUCUUCUUCAGGUUAUAUUGAGUAUUUUAGCCAUUUGUUAAACUGUUAAAAAGAUUUUCAUCAAAUCCUAGUUUUGAUUGUCUUAUAUUUUCCGAUUGCCAGCUUCUUAACAAGACGACAGAAUUUGAAGCUGCUGUGAGGAGGGUGCUGACAGAUGUGAGGCUUGACAAUGACAUUGUGGUGUCAGUCUUUGAAACCAACAUUCGAGUCCUUGGGUAAGAUAAGACAACAAUUACCAGAACCCUAUAAUAAUGAAAAACUGUACAUAUGCUAUACUAUGAUUUACAUUUCAUGUUCUUUCUGGAAGGCAGCAAACACAAUAGCUGUUCAGAAACACUUUUUUAAGUACACUCACUUCUUAAUAAUGUGGUUGCUUGGUGUGUUCAUGUCCUUGUGGGUUCAGAGGUCUGUUGGGAGGACACUCCAUGGCUGUGAUGCUGAAAGAGGGAGGACAAAACAUGCAGUGGUACCAGGAUGAGCUCCUGCACAUGGCCAAAGAUCUGGGUCUUCGACUGUUGCCAGCCUUCAACACCAGUAGCGGCUUGCCCUAUCCCCGGGUGAGUUGCACAAAGCACCAAAGAAAAAAAAAAAACAGAGUUACUCCAAUCCUUAAAACUAUAGUGCGUAACUUCUGCAUGUCUGUAAAUGCCCAGAGAUGAUAAAUCCCUGAUUAAGCCGCUCGGCUCCUCUAACACCUCGCGGUAUUUUUCAGUAUUUGUUCUUUUUGUAUUUGGUAUCUUUGGGGACAUUCCCACGAUGGCGUACAGGAAAUGACAAGUUCUACUCGGUUUUGUAGGUGUGAAGCCCGUGUUUCUGUUUAACUUACUGCUGGGUGUCUGUGUGCUGUGUCGAGUAACUUUGGCAGCCUACAUGUUGUGUAGACAGUUACAGUCUGUGUAGUGCUGUGUAGCGUGACGAGCAGUAUGCGGUGAGACGUGAGUGUUACUCCAUGUACCAUGACGAGCGCUACUCUGUGUACGGGUUAUACUGGGCCAUAUGUCAUAUUGAGGUGCCGGCCAUAUCAUUGCAAUGACUUAGAAAUCCUCUAGGGGGAGAUAGACGUUACGCAUUAUGGGCUCUAUUUUCGUGCCUCGCCAGAGACAUGGCGCAGGCGCGACGCAAGUCAGGUCCGCCGCGCCAACAAGGCGUGCCCAAGCACAAUUUGGUAUUUUGGUGAGCGGCGCAGCCCUACGUAAGUAUCCCCCCUCCCUAACUCAGCUCCUCCCAGCGGCGUAAGUCCUAGGGAGGGAGGAGAGAGGGCGUGGAGCGGGUUUAACACAGCCGAGACCUGUAUUGACCAAUAACAUCAGCUCCUCUCCUCGCCUUUAAAUCCGCCAGCGGGCACGAAAAUCUAGCCCUAUAGCUUUAAUACCUUGAGAGCGUCUUGUAUGCACUGUUGUCUGAUAAAGAUAGGAAUAUUAAAAAUAAUUGCUUUAUUGCGUCAUGUUAUUUGUAGUCAAAUUUAAAAUAUAACAAAAUCCACUCUUUGUUGAAAAUAUGUUUUUAUGGAAGAAUCUUAUUUUAUGAAAGUGUGUCUGCAGCAUCUACCCCAUUUUAAAAAAUGUAACAAUUAAAGUCAGCAUUUGGAGUGAAAAGUAAUUUUUCAAGCAUCAAGGUAACAAAUUAAAUCUAUUAUGUACAAAUAGACAUGUUAAUGGAAUAAAACAUCCUGAAUUAUACUCUGCUUCAUUAAUGCCUUCAUUAAACACAAUGAAUAAUAUUUGUAAUACAAAGACGAAUAUUGAAUUAUCAUAGUACAUUUUCAAAUCUGCAUCCUCUCAGCUCAUGACCACAUAUUUUCAUUGUCUGCCUCACUACUUCAGUUGCCACAUCUUUUGAUAUUUCAUGUCAGAAUACUUUUCAUGCUCAUCUCUUGCAGUCUAAGUGUGUGUCAUACAGAUUGUGUCGUUUCAUUUCAUCAUUUGUUCUUGCUUGGCAGGUGAACUUGAAGUACGGCGUCAGGGGUCCUGAGACAAGAACAGGCACAGAAACGGACACCUGCACUGCCUGUGCGGGUACCAUCAUCCUGGAGUUCGCUGCCUUGAGUCGCUUCACUGGAGACCCUGUGUUUGAGGUACAUUCAUCAGAAAAGGUCUUUCUCUGCUUAUGUAAAAGCUGGUGUUAUUCAUAAACAAUCGAAAACCUUCUUAAGCAGGUGUCCAAAAUAGUAUAUUUUGACUUAAACACUUAAAUAACAUUGUAUUCAGAUGAAAAAGCAGUAUUUUUAUGUAAAGCAGUAUUAAAAUAGCAAAUGAGCUUAAAAAAGUAUUUAAAAGAUAUAUAAAUAAUGAUAUGAAUAUGAAGAUAUUAAAAUUGAUUCUAAAAUCCAAGCUUAUGAGAACAAAAACACAAGUUGUAAAAUGCAAAUUUCUACUGUAAACAAAAAAAAAACAGGUUUAGGCUUAUAUUUUGUGAUUGCACAGCAAACAGCUCAUCAACACUGUACACUUGAAUUAUUUGAACUGCCACGUACUCAGCAUUGAGCAGCCACACCCUGCAGGUGUCACCAUCUUUCUUUGUUUGUAAAAUCCAGGGGACCAUUGCCAUUUACUGACAACUCUUAUAGACCAGGCUGCCUAUGUGUUCUUUCUAUACCUAGAUGUUAUUCAGUGAGCCAUUUGUCAGAUUACCUAAUGCACCCUGAUUUUCUAAAUUGUCAGUCCUGAAGAGUGACCCAUCCGUGUCAACGUGAACCACGGUGUCUGUUUGUAUUUAUUUGUAGGUUGUACAUCUACUUCAAAGUAUGAUGCACUGUUAGCAUUAUGCUGUGAUAAGUAUGAUCUGGCAGAUUUGCACUUUAUGUCUGAGUGUUUUCUUAACAAUGGUGCAGAGCAGGGUUACACUAAUCAAGUUAAGAAAAUCAGCUCCAGAAAGUCACGCUUCAUAACGAGGAUGCUAACCCUUUUUUUUAGUGCAUACUAGUGCUGGGCGAUAUGGAAAAAAAUGUAUAUCACGAUAUGGAUCAUUUUAUAUCACGAUAACGAUAUAUAUCACGAUAUAGCUAUGGUAUGCUUUCAGUUCUAUGAAAAAUUUAAGUGUAUACAGCUGCACUCGUACAGUACCAGUACAAGACCAGCACUUAAAACUAGAAAAAUGAAUAAAUAAAUACGUGGCUAAAGUGCGUUCAUGUCUGUGCUCACCCAAAGUUAUGCAACACUCACAGAAAACGCCGAUAGUGUGAGCCAAAGCACUCCAUAAUAAUAAUAAUAAUAAUAAUGAAUUUAAUUUGUAAUGCACUUUACAUUUACAAAAAAUCUCAAAGUGCCACAGUACACAGUAAAAGAGCAGCAACAAUAAAAAAAGCAAUAGAAUGACAGUCACAGAUUGGCAUAAAAAAAGAAUUAAAAAAAUAAAAAAUAUAGAGUUGCAAUGUAAGAGGCAAGGUAGUAAAAGCAUAAAGCAUAGAGGAAAACUAACCAAAGGCUUUAUUAAAAAGGUAGGUCUUUAGGGCUCUUUUGAAGAGGUUGUUCACACUGCUAGAUGUUUCUCCUCCAAAGCUGCUCUCUACCUCCAUCAUUGUUUACUUUACCCUUGAAGCACGUAGCAAGACCCGAGCAUGAAUCCGAGCGCUUUAUUCGCCUAUCAGGGGCAGACAGGUAAGGUGAUUUGAUUCGCCACGACUCCAGAAAUGAUUGAAAAACUACAGAAUGUCACAAAAUUACGUUUCCUCGCUGCUGGCUUGAAGGGUAGAAAUGCGCAGCCGCGCUCCGAGCUGACAGGAAGUCAAACCACUGUUGUAGUUCUUUUGUGUUGCUAGCGCGGUCAAGAGUGUUGGCUCUCACUGAGAGAUGACUACAAAAAUGGACGCACCUGUUCAUCUGGUUGUUAAACACGGCUGAAAAUGAUCAUCUUUUAAUGUUGUUCCCGCUCCUGCCCACUCCCGUUGCUUUUUUUCCCGUCCCGUCCCGAUCAAGGAAUUAAUAAAAAAAUGACUCCCAUCCCGUGGGAUUCCCGCGGGAAUCACGUGACCCACGGGAAUUCCCGAAAAAUGUCAUCCUCUACAGGGAAGGUCCCGGAGCAGAUGAAACAGGUGCCGGAGCGGCUGAAAUAGGUCCCGGAUCCGAUCAAAAGAGGUCCCGGAUCGCGCUCCGACUCGCUCCGGCACAAAUUAAGCACUGCUUACAAUGAUCCCCUCACGUGUGUAACCCAGGUAACCCGCAACGGCGGGAGACGCUGGACACGAAGAGGGCACGUAAAGCGGCGUCAUGUCGCAAAAUCGAAAGAGAAAUGCAAGCCUACAUGUCAACGCAUCCUUUUCUUUGUAAGAAAAUAUUGUUUUCUUUCCCGUUUGACACCAAAUACACUUACUGAAUGUGCAAUUAUUGUUGUUGUUAUUGAAUCAUCUGAUGGCACAAGCCCUAUGGAUAAAAUACAGCCUAUCGCCCGAAACGAUAAAAAUAAAAAUGGCACGAUAGACAUUUUCUAUCGUGCCCACGAUAUGUAUCGUCCUAUCGCCCAGCACUAGUGCAUACAGUAACAAUCAGUCAGCAGCAGCAGCGGAACAGCGUCUUUCUCUCUUUCCCUUUCUAUCAUCCUUGCAUGCACACAGGUGCAGACCAGUUGCCAUGGUUACAGAGAUGCUCCGUGUCUGUUUAAUCAAAAUCAGUAUGCCAUUUAAACAAAACAGAUGAUUUCCAAAUUGCAUGGCCCUUUUCUGCCUGGCGGUGUGUGUCACAAGUAAAUCACAUUUUUUUAUCGUGUGUUAUUUUUUUGAACCUUUUGGAAGUGCAUAAAAUGAAACUAGAAAGUCAUACAAAAAAAACACAUUAUCAUAUGUUUCAUUAUACAUAAGCUACUUGUACACAGCCAGUAGCUGUAGAAAUUAUACAUAGCUAAAAAUCGCUCUUCUGUUUUUUGUCUGAUGCUAAUCACAAGCCCUUUAAGUAUUCAGUUUCCUCUUCUUUAAGUGAACUCUUUAUACCUGUAGGAUCAUCAUACACAGAUCAGGCCUUACGUGUGGCUUGGAGUCAUUUUGAUGACAAGGAAAACUGAUUGCUAAAAGCCACAUAUAGUUUCAGCACACAUAGUUUCUAUAGAUAUAUAAUCACAAUGAAGUUUUUUAAUGAUGCCUAUUCCGAUCAUCUUAGUUUUAUCUCUGUCUAAAAUCAUUCAGUGGGGAUUGGGCUACACACUUUAAUUGCUAAUACUUGAGUUUAUACAAACUCUUCCCCUAAAAAGAAAGAUUGUCUUGAUAGUAAAUGGGUGUUGAUUCUACUUCUCAUCAUAACAAUGUAAACCUCCCUGUCUGAAAAGCUGUACGUGGUGCAUACAGCUUUUCAGCUUUCAUUCCAUUUCACUGAAGUAUCUUAGUAAGUUGUUGUUGUGGACCGUAAAUCAAUAUUGCAUUAUUUAUCUUAGUAAACAGGGUGUUACUGUUUGGACCUAUGUGUUCCCUAGCUGUGACUAUGUAAGGUUAAAAUGAGAAUGAAAACAUCAAAUUAAAGAACUAUCUCUAAUCAGCCUACUUCUUAUGUAUUCUUUAAAGGGGGCCUUGCUGUUACAGUGAGUCUUUGUGGUAUCAUGAAAUAUUGAUGCGUUUGCAAAACUUUUGAUAUUUUUUCCGAUGCUAUAGUACUAGGACCUGGCACCUGUUCUCCUGGCAGCAGCUGACUGCUGAUCAAGCACAAAGUCACCCACUAUAAUCUUCUCAUAGUCCGCCACGACUGCGUAUUGAUUUUUCAUUUUCUAAAUCAAUAAUGCAUCCUUCCUCAUGCUCGUACACAGGCCCAUGCCCGGAGAGCCCUGGACUUUCUGUGGGAGAAGAGACAGAGAAACAGCAACCUGGUGGGAACCACAAUCAACAUUCACUCUGGAGAGUGGGUCCGCAGGGGUAAGAGAGAGGAGGGGGAGUGUGGAAAAUGGAAAAUGGAGGGGACUGAAAUUAUGUAGGAGGAUAUAAGAUAUGGUUAAGUCAAAUUUAAUUAUCUUUUUUGUCCUGGUGUUAGAGAAUAUGAUAGUGGAGAAAGAAAAUGUGUAAAAAUAGAAGAUUUGUCUUGCAGGUAAUUUCUCAGACACGAUGAAUAAUUGUAUAUUUUUCCAGACAGCGGAGUCGGAGCAGGGAUUGACUCAUACUAUGAAUACCUGCUGAAGGCCUACGUCCUCUUGGGAGAUGAUCAGUUUCUGCAGCGGUUCAAUAUUGUAAGGAUACACACACUAAUGUGAUUAGAGUAAUGUGAUGCUUCUGUGCAUGGUAGCAUAGCCACAGUGAUGUCUCAGAUUCAUUUUGUAUCUCUCGUCUUUGUCGAAUUCUCAAUAGGGAAGUAAUUUUUAAAGAUGAUUGUUAAAAAAGUUAGAGACGAUAUUAACCCUCUUUUCUUACCCGUUCUCAGUCUGGAGGCUGACACAUUUUUUUUUUUUUCAGGUUCAUUUCAAAAGCACCCAAAGAUUGUUCUUCUAACUUUUCUUCCCCUCCGGUUUCACUUAGCACUAUGCAUCUAUAAUGAAAUACAUCAGCCAGCCUCCUUUGCUGCUGGAUGUCCACAUCCAUAAACCUCUCUUACCAGCUCGCACAUGGAUGGACUCCCUGCUUGCCUUCUUCCCUGGACUGCAGGUCAGUGUGAAUCAUGUGUAUUAAAUUUAUCCUUUUAUACUUUCUUCCCACCUGCUAUUACAGUGAGAUUAUUACUAACUGUUAAUACUUUUCAUGUCUCAGGUGCUGAAGGGAGAUAUCCGCCCGGCCAUUGAGACUCACGAGAUGCUGUAUCAGGUUACUAAAAAACACAACUUCCUCCCCGAGGUAAUCUUUUCAUCUUGCUUCCAACCUUUAAACCCAUUUUUUAGCUUUUUUGUCCACUCUAAAAUUACAUAGUAUUGUUUGACCAUAAAAUCCAACAAUCAGCAUGGCUUAUGCGUCCAACACAAACUGUUCAGAAGUAAACAAGCUUGCAUUUCAUGAGACACAGCUCCAUUUUAUCUCCGUCUACAAUGUGCUGACCCAUUUGACCUUCUCUAUUUUCCUCAGGCCUUCACUACUGAUUUCAGGGUACACUGGGCCCAACAUCCCCUGAGGCCUGAGUUUGCAGAGAGCACCUACUUCCUUUACAAGGUAAUUUUUUUUAAGGACACUUGAUAUAAUGGAUAUGUUCUCUUUCACUGCCACAGAGCAGCAAAUGUCUUUUACCAUGCAUCAGAAUUCAGUUUGAUGUUAAAGAACUCAUCUACAUUUUUUUUGUAAACACUCUCUCGAAGCAGCCUACAGCAAACUGAGCACUAAUUGUAGUUCAUCAUUAUCAUAUUAUAACACUCUGCCUUCUGGUGUCUGGUGGGAACAUAAGAAGGGACAUAAUAUGAUAAAACGCUGUGAACUCAAAGUUUUGUGUCUCAGUUACACUCGAGCCUUCUCCUCAGUGCAUGCUUUGUGCUCUGUAAUGAUCACACUAUUGUCCUUUUGUCCUCUCAGGCCACAGGAGACCCAUAUUACCUGGAGGCAGGUCGCACCAUCAUGGACAACCUCAACCGCUUUGCCCGUGUCCCUUGUGGUUUUGCUGCAAUGAAGGACGUACGAACAGGAAGCCACGAGGACAGGUUAGAUGAAAAUAUUCAGUAUUUCUGCCACUUUCGCACACUAUAGGCAUGCUUUAUCCACUUCCAUCAGUCUUACAUACCAUGUUAAAAUGAUCUCAUUGGUAUGUGUCUUAGUUUGAGAAAUAAAUCAGAGGUUAAUUUGUUGACUUAAUGAAACAAUGGGUCAUGGUCAUUGGAUGUAAAACAUUAUUUCUCUGUUAUCAUGUGGCUGUAUUUAUAGUCCUCACCUCACCUCUCUUCUCUCUUCAUAGAAUGGACUCGUUCUUCCUUGCUGAGAUGUUCAAAUAUCUGUUCCUGCUGUUUGCGGAUGCUGAGGACUUACCUUUUGAUGUGGAGGAUUAUGUCUUCACGACCGAAGCACACCUACUGCCCCUGUCCCUCUCCACAGCCCCUCACUCAUCAUCUAUUCCCUCAAAUAAAACGGUAACACCCUUUUAUGAGAAACGGAAUCAGUUGAUAAAUACUCAUUAGGGAUGUAAACAAUUAAAAUAAUAUCAAAUAGCUGAUUGUUAGGAAGUUCUCAAAUACGCCUGUUUUUGUUUGAUUUUCUAUGAGGUAGAGAUGAUCAACCUGAGGUCUCAGAUCAUAUCGAGCUAUCAGGAUGGUGCUUUAAGUUUAAAGCAUGUUUUAAUGUGAACCAACUGGUUAAAGGUGUUGGGAACAUGAGUGGAUAUUUUCUUCCCUGACUGAUUGUUUGCUCCCACUUGACACCUGAUCAUUCAUGCUUUCAAAGUUAAGCCACAAAGACUACUUCAAUGUGACAUCCCUAGUGUUUCAAAUCCCUUGUAUAUAAUUAUUUGAUGUGUAUGUGAUUAUUCAGUCAGAGGAAGAGCUGGAUGACUCAAACUUCGAUUGGACGUGCCCUAACACCCGUCUCCUGUUUCCUGACCCUGCCUUCCCUCGCAACCUGAGAGAGCCAAUCCGCAGUGCUGUGGACAAGAGCUGCCCCCGUCCCGCUCCUUACCGGUAAAAAAAGCCUUCAGAAAUUAUCCCUUUUCCUCUCAGCAUUAUAAAGCUGUAUUUGUAAAGUUAUUCCUUUUGCUCCUCCCAGAGAGCCUGGGAUGGGUCGCCCUCCUCUGAGGGCUCAGGACUUCAUGGCCAAUAACCCUGAACAUCUGGAGCUGCUGAGGAGGAUGGGAGUCAGUCUCAUCCACCUGAAAGAUGGCAGGGUGCAGCUGGUACAGCAUGCCACACAGGUAAACGGUUAAGCUAACAAAAAAAUGAAACACAAUCAAAGGCUUUGAGGAUUCAGUUUUUUAACACAUUACUUUGCUGUUUGGAAACAAGGGGAACUUUUUUUUAGCAAAUGCAGAGCAUAUACGUAUAUGCACAUUAGAGAAAGUCUGUUGUCUCUAACACAUUACAAUCUGAAUGAUAAGCAAGAAAAUUCUCAUUGAUAUAAAUAUUGUUGUUGUACAUUUAGUAACUUGUGCAUCUGUAUGAUUGUGUGAAUAAGCAGAAAGCAGGACAUUCUUUUGUAUCCAAAAAAGUUAAACUGGAGUUUGAAUUUUUAUCCCACCCACACUCAGGCGGUGAGCGCAGUAGCAGCAGAGGAUGGUGUGCGUUUCAUGCAGGAGAUGAUGGAGCUUUCCAGCCAGCAGCAGAAAGAGCAGCUGCCUCCCAGAGCUAUUCAGAUCGUCUCACAUCCGUUCUUUGGCAGGGUUGUGCUGACCGCUGGCCCGGCACAGUUUGGCACAGACCUGUCCAAAAGUUCCACAGGGGUGAGUGGGUUUAUAGCUGCCAGGUUUCAAAACAGUUCUUAGCUGUCCUUUGGUUUAUUCUUUUUCCUAAUGGGGCCACUCAUUCUUCCCUGAAAUUUUUGAGAGGGCAGUUUGUCCUCUAGAAUAACUCAAGGAUGGAGAAAGAGGACAUAUGUAUUAAACUUAACCACUGCAGAUCCCAUAGUGUGACAUUCAUCAUCAUCAUCUUUAAAUGUUUUCUCUUUCUAUCAACCUCCUUACAGGUACGAGGUUUUGUAACUGUGGCUGAACCUUACAGCGGCUGUUCUGAGAUCACAAAUGCAGAGUACGUUCAGGGCCACAUAGCUCUGCUUCAGAGGGGUCAGUGUAUGUUUGCAGAAAAGGCCAGAAACAUCCAGAAGGCUGGCGCCAUCGGGGGCAUAGUCAUCGGUAAGUGAGAGCUGCUGAGGACAGAAGCGGGGAGAUGACUUCUUAAUGACUCAGUAAAUGGAUUAUCUUGAAAACAGCCAAUGGAACAGGGUCCUGCAUGAGAAAUAUGAUUGAAGUAUAGCAGAAGAUUGCUGAUAUUGAUAAGCAUCUAUAUUUAUCCCAUUGGAGAAGUUAUGAAUCCCUCUACAACACUUAAACAAAUUGUUAAACUCUCUAGUUACGGCUGUUUUCUGCAGUGUAUUAAUGGUUAAGUCUACAACAAAAUCCCAACUAACUCCCUGCAAACCACUCAGUUAAAGGGAUAUUCUGGCGUAAAAUUAAGUUAGUCAAACACACCGUAACACUGAGUUAGACACCCCCUCGAGAGAUGAAUGUUGCCGACUGCUUCUCUAGUUAUACCAACUUCAGUAACGACCGCAGGAUAGCAAUACACAGCGGCCUAAGGAGCCAUAAACAAACCUCAACCAAACGCCACUCUAUAGCCACAAAUAAUGCUCAGAACAGCACCUAACUUCAUCAACAGUACAUAUAGGGUCCUAGCCAUAGUAUUAGCCACCAAACAUCUUUAACUUUGCCUAAGCAAAGAGACUAAACACAACUCACCUACUCUCAUCCAGCAGCUGUUUGUUUGUGGCGAGACCUCAGGCUAGUCCAUUACGGACUACAGCGGGGUGACACAGCUCGAGGAAGAACAUUUAUGAUCGUUGCCUCAUGGAACUGUAAUCAGAUUGAGACGGAUUCAAGGAAAUGAUAAAGAAAUGAUCAUAAAUGUUCUUCCUUGAGCUGCGUCACCCCGCUGUAGUCAGCAUGACUCCAUAAGAAGGAAGCAAAUUUGUUUUUUUUAAUUCAAAAAGUCUUUGGUUCAAGAUUCAGCAAUCACUGUAAUUAGUACAUAACACAAAGUCCACAUUCAGCAAUAAGAACCUAAAACAGAAUGGAUGUUCUAUGAUUUACUUACAAGUAAAGUCUUAAGUCUGCUGAAAUAACAGAGAGGUAAAAUAUGAACUUUAACUGUCUUCAAGAGGAGCAUACAGCAAGUGCUUAUUUAUUGUUUAGAGGUCUGGUGAUUGAUUUCUGAUGCAUUCUGGGAACUCUGGAAAAUCAAACAGUGAGCUUUUGCAACAGGAUCAAGCAGAUUUGUUACUCAAGCCGAAGUUUUUGAUCUUGAACAGAUGGUUGGCUGCACUUGAAUUAGGAUAUCUGUGGACAGAGAGAGCUAUAUCAUCAGGUUACUACCAAUUGGAGUUUCAUAGUAGUUAUGCAUUUGCCCUCCUGAUGCUACAGUUUUAUGAAUCCUUUAAUGAUUCUUGGAUUAAUCACUCACUUUUUCCUCUCAGAUGACAAUGAAGGCAGCAGCAGCGAUACAGCCCCCUUGUUUCAGAUGGCAGGGGAUGGCCGCAACACGGAAGACAUCAGCUUGCCCAUCCUUUUCCUCUUCCACAAAGAGGGCAACAUACUGCUGGAGGCGCUGAAGGAGUACAGAGAGGUGGAGGUGCUGCUGAGCGACAAAGCCAGAGACAGAGGUGUGACUUUUCUCAGUCAGAAACUUCCUGAACAGACCAGACUUCUUUCUUUGUUUGAGUCAUUGCUUUAGUAUCGUAUCCGUCUACCGCCUGAGCCUCAUUAUGUGCUCUACUUCAUAAAAUAAAGAUGAGCUGUAGGGAUUCAGGCAGUUUUUGCUCAUGGUGACUCAUUCCACAGCCACCCACCAGCUGUUUUUAUGAUGGUGGAUGGUGGAGGUUUACACCCAUAUCAAUAUUUCAUCCUCAUUCUUUUCCUCUUUAUCCUCCAUUUGUCAAAUCCCUCUAUUCCCUGUGGUGGACUGUAACAGUGGCUUUCCUUUUUCUCUCUCUUUCCUCUUGGUGUCUCUUCUUUUUUUCAUCACCCUCUCCCUUUUGGAUGAGCAGCAGCCAUAUUCAAAGGUAAACCCCUACCUGGCAGCCUGAUUGAGAGCAGUAAGUAUUCUUUCUCUUCUUUCUUUGCAUGCCAUCCACAUUUUUCAUCCUUACUCUUUCUCUUAUCUCUGUUUGUCCUCUGCACAGUUAUACUUUUAACUCUGCAUCCCCUCCCCCCUGCGGUGUCCUCUGACACCCUCUCUUACAGGGUUUUUUUUUAAUUGUUGUAUGUUUUGAGAGAACAGGCUCAAUACUGUCACUUGUCCCUUUUCUCGUCAGAGCUCUGGAGACAGCUUCUUUUGUGUGACACAUAAGAAAACUAGGUGGUGUGGCAGGAAAUAACCAGUAUAAAGAUAUUGCCCAUGCAUUAUUUUUACUAUAUGUACUUUAAUACAUUCACCUGUGUACCCAAGUGAAUUACCAUUACUUCUAUAAUAAGUGUGCACAGUUUUUUAAAACACCUUCACAUGCUACAGUUAAAGAAGUGGUUACAUUUUCAGCAACUAACAGAUAUUUCUAAUCACAUCCGUGCAAUUUUCACACUUCAACUUUUUGCCAGAUUUCUUUUCUCAGUUGAUUCUCAGUUUGGUUGUGUAGUUAUGUGAGAAAUACUUAUUUUCCUGUGGGAAACAUGACUCACCAUCAGCAUCAUGGUGUUAUAGUUGACAGCCUCUGAAAACGGGUCUAUUUUUGACUAAGAGCGGCUUUCCAGAGGCCAUGUUGUAUAGAUAACUGACUAAGGAGGAAGAGGAGGAAGAGAGGUGUGUGCGUGUGAAUUGUGUGUGUGUCCUGCACAUCUAUUUGUCUUAAGCUGUUCCGUCACACGCCCCUGCUUUCUUUUCAGGUGUGCCUGUGCCGGAAGCGGAGGAAGAACAGUUUACAGAGGCAACGACUCCCACCUCAUUUGAGCCCAUCAGCCAAUCACAGAUGAGCACGCUGGAGAUGGACGAAGUGGCUACGGAGGAAGUUACUCCAUCACAGGAGGAAGUCAUUGCUGUAGAUGAAGACACUAGUCCUGCAGAGGAAGUUACAUCACCUGAAGAGAGAGUAAGUCCUCAGGAGAAUCAGGAGGCUAAUGUAGCUCAGCCCAUGAAGGAGAGAGACUCUGAGGAGGGAGAAGAGCCCGAGGGCGACACAGACUCAAGCAGUCAGUCAGUGGACGAACUGCUGGCUGAUUGGCGGGAAGACUUGGAGGCAUUCCAGCAGAUGGAGAAAGAUGAGCUCUGACAAUCGGCUGGUGCGCCCUGACCUGUGACUUGCAGGUUUGAUCGAACUGUGGACGAGGAACCUCGAGGGAACACAUCUUCACGCCAGCCCUGAUGUGAUGACAGCGAAGGCGGCUGUGGAGAUGUCUUUCAUGUGCCAAGAAAGCCCACAUACUGUAUCUCUGGACCAGAAGGGAGUCCUUUUUAGCCUGGUAGCCAAUCGCAGAGAGACCAGGGUCCUUACCUCACUUUCUCAUACAGUUUUUGUUUAUCUGUCGGACAAUGAAAUGACUGAAAUGGACCAGACUGUGUGUAACAGCCUCUCAGUUUCUACUCUCAUCUCACACUGUUCUCUAUGCAUCUUUGUCUCUUUUUACCCAAAUGCUGGUCCAACAAGUUGUUCUAACUAAUUAAUCCAUCGACCAAUUAUUUUAACUGAAUGUGAUAAUUACUUGUGAUGAGACAUUAACUGCCAUCAUGGUCUUGGGCCUAAUCAUAUGUACACAUUGAUGUGUGUUGAGGAGUAAUUUACACGGGGUAUAAGCUGCAGGAUAUUUUUAUGGUUUAAUGGAGGACACUUAACACCAAACUCUGUCUCUGUUGAGAAUACAUGAAGUCAUAUGUCAGUGUAAAUAUGUAUUUGUUCAGAUAUAUUGACUGAAACUAUUAAGUGCUGCUUUGCUCAGGUUCUGGUUUGCCCCCCACAAACUUUAACCCUUGGACCACAUCGGGUGGAGCAGACACACCCUCAGCAGUACUGAGAUGGAUCACACAUCUGCAGGCAGCCACAGGAGGGCGCAGUGGGAUCUGUCUGUCAUAUUGUUGCUGCUGACUGAUUGGAAAGGGGGAAAAAUAAGCCAAUAAGUUAACAUAAUGAAUCAAAAUAAAAGUGGAGAGGGAAAUCGGGUAGAUGUGUGGUUCUUUGAUUUAUUUUGUUUUCUUUUGUAACAGUCAAUGGUUGGUCAAGAUAAUCUCAAAAUGGAGUUUGUGUCAUUAAAUCUGGGAAUUUAA